AGAAGCCGCGGAUUUGAUUUUCCGCAGCUAACGAGCUAGCACUGUCCGUGUUCACCGCUCUCUCUCAAGAAUGACACGGUUCUUAUAGUCAGGGUGUCAGCUUUUAAAAACACAACAUGAAUCUCGACAGACUACGGAAGCGGGUGCGUCAGUACGUCGACCAGCAACAGUAUCAAAGUGCUCUGUUCUGGGCCGACAAGAUAGCUUCUCUCUCCCACGAGGAUCCCCAGGACAUCUACUGGCUAGCUCAGUGCCUUUACUUGACCUCACAGUACCACAGAGCCUCCCAUGCUCUCCGCUCACGAAAGCUUGACAAGUUGUAUGGAGCUUGUCAGUACCUUGCUGCCAGGUGCCAUUAUGCUGCCAAAGAGUUCCAGCAAGCCUUGGAUAUUCUGGACGCGGAGGAGCCAGCUAGUAAGAAGCUGCUGGACAGGAGUUUGAAGGAGGACAGCGGGAUGCCAGACUCAGCGAAAGAUUGGGACAUGUCCCCUGCCUCUAUCAAUAGCUCCAUCAGCCUCCUGCGGGGUAAGAUCUAUGAUGCCAUGGACAACAGACCCCUGGCCACCUCCAGCUACAAAGAGGCCUUAAAAAUGGAUGUGUACUGCUUUGAAGCCUUUGACCUUUUAACGUCCCACCACAUGUUGACUGCGCAGGAAGAGAAAGACUUCCUUGACUCACUUCCUCUGAGUCAACAGUGCACAGCGGAAGAGGAGGAGCUGCUACACUUCCUUUUUGAGAAUAAGUUAAAGAAGUAUAACAAGCCAAGUGAUUUGGUGGUGCCAGAUAUGGUCAAUGGUCUCCAGGACAACUUGGAUGUAGUGGUGUCUCUCGCAGAGAGGCAUUAUUAUAACUGUGAUUUCAAGAUGUGCUACAAGCUUACAUCAACGGUGAUGGUUAAAGACCCGUUCCAUGCCAACUGUUUACCAGUCCAUAUAGGAACUCUGGUGGAGCUUGGAAAAGCAAAUGAGUUGUUCUACCUCUCACACAAACUUGUAGAUUUGUAUCCCAACAACCCAGUGUCCUGGUUUGCUGUUGGGUGCUACUAUCUCAUGGUUGGCCAUAAAAACGAACACGCUAGGCGAUAUCUUAGCAAAGCCACCACCCUGGAGAGAACGUAUGGUCCUGCAUGGAUUGCCUAUGGUCAUUCAUUUGCAGUGGAGAGCGAGCAUGAUCAAGCCAUGGCUGCCUACUUUACUGCUGCUCAGCUGAUGAAAGGGUGUCACUUACCCAUGCUCUACAUCGGCCUGGAGUACGGCCUGACCAACAACUCCAAGCUGGCAGAGCGUUUCUUCAGCCAGGCUCUAAGCAUCGCUCCAGAGGACCCCUUCGUCAUACACGAGGUGGCAGUGGUCGCAUUUCAAAAUGGAGACUGGAAGACUGCAGAGCGGCUGUUUCUUGACGCAAUGGAGAAAAUCAAAGCCAUAGGGAAUGAGGUCACUGUGGACAAAUGGGAGCCUUUGCUAAACAACUUAGGUCAUGUGUGUCGGAAACUGAAAAAGUACAACCAGGCUCUGGAGUACCACCGUCAAGCACUGGUGUUAAUCCCUCAGCACGCCUCCACCUACGCUGCCAUAGGAUACGUGCACAGCCUCAUGGGCGACUUCGAGAGCGCUAUCGACUACUUUCACACAGCACUAGGACUGAAAAGGGACGACACUUUCUCUGUGACGAUGCUCGGCCACUGUAUAGAGAUGUACAUUGGUGACACAGAUGCCUAUAUAGGCACAGACAUAAAUGACAAAGUGCGAGGCAGCCUGAACACUCCAGCGCUGAUGAAGAUAAUGAACACAUCGGAGCCCGGUGACGCUCUGGCCACGCCGAGACAGGAAGAUACCAGCAUCACAUCUUUGGAGACGCCGCUCUCGAAUCAGGACAAGAUGAUGCUGGAGACACCUCUUCGACUCUCUCUCACCCUGGAGUGUGACAUGUAUGAGAGUGACGUCAUGUUAGACACCUUAUCGGACACUAGCACGUGAUGUCCUCCUGUCAGGAGGUGGAACUGUCAUCGGUACAGGUAUUCAGACCCAAGAGCAGCAUCCAAACCAAGAUGUCGGCACCUGUCCUCUGCCAAAGAUUUCCUGCGGAUCCCCCUCUAGUGCAUUAGACGUUUCUGUAUGUGACAAAACAUAGAACUCAAGAACAUUAUGAACAUGAGUAAAUGUGAGGAUUAAUUUUUUUUAUACAGCAACUUGCUGUACAUCAUAUUCGUUCUACAAGAAUGCACUUUAAAGGGGGAAUUAACGCAGACUUUGGUUCAGAGGUUGAGUUCUUGGUUUAUCACUGAACCUUGGGUUGAGCCUGAAGAUGAUGGAUCCUCUGACACUUGGUUGAACUGAGCAAAGCGCCGCUCAUCCCAUGUCACAACUAAAAGACUGUAGUCCCUUAUUACUGCCUGUGGCAGGAGCCUGCGCGUUGCUUAACCUGUGGAUUUUCACCUUCAAUAAAGAGCCGGCUGCAUUCAAGCAGUUUUGGAGAAAACAUUUCUUGUUAAUUCCUACAAUAAACCAUUUAUCUUAAAGAGAA